GAGAGAGAGAGAGAGAGAGCCCAAGUUAGAGCCAAAAAGAGCAAAAGAAACUAUGCAUGCAUGAUUGUGCAGACAAAUGUGUGUAUUUGUGUGCGUGCCAACCUUGUUUGUAUGCUUGUGUUUGCAGGCCUGUGUGUGUGUGUGUGUGUGUGUGUGUGUGUGUGUGUGUGUCCUGACAAAGGCUCCAUCCAGCCAUACUGCAGAGGGCUGCUUGUUCCCAGAGACCCUCAGAGCUCCAGGACACCCAGUCUCUGCGCUGCCUGCAGCCCAGACGCAGCAGCCCUGACACGGACACGGACCCUCACCCUGCUCCCCCUCCUCCUGGAGCUCCAGCACCUGUUAGGAUUACUAAUGGAUGGGAAACACAGAGUCCAGUUCUAAAGUGGGAAACUUAAAGAGUAACGAGGGUUUAAAGAGACGAGGCUGAAAGAGAAGAGAAGAGAAGAGAAAGAAACAGAAGGAGAAGAGGAAGAGGAAGAAAUAGAAGAGAAGAAAAAAAAAGAAACAGAAGAAGAAGAAGAAGAAGAAGAAGAAGAAACAGAAGAAGAAGAAGAGAUUGUCUGGACUACAAACAUCAUAAAUCCAGUGGAUGUCUGAACGAGCGACUGUGUUUCUUCAUCAUUUACUUGGAUGUCGAGUCAAAACGUUCCAACAUCUUUCCUGACGUUCCCGACUUACUGAAGAAUUUAUCUUCAUUUUCCAGGACCUUUGGACCCGAUCCACAUCCUCCUGAAAGGUUCUGGAAACUUUGGUUGUUCUAUCGACUGAGUAUUGAUACGCUGUAGAAACACAACUGGAAUUAAACUCUACGCUCUUCUGUUGUCUCAAAAACAACAUCUACCAAAUUUAAAAGCAAUCGUUCACCUUGAAACCGUCAUCAUGACUCCGUGGGUCGGUCUGUGGUUCUGUCUGUACCUGCCGCUGCUGUUUACAGAUGCAAAGAGCGUCGGGCAACCCGACAGUCAACUUGACACCGGUGACAAACCGUCCUCCCGGGUCAAACUGGAGCCCCUCUGGAUCGCCAAGCAGCUCAGGACCCAGGACGACGCCCCCAACCAGAGCCUCCCCCUCCCUGAGCUGCUGGAUCUGGAUGUGGACCAGCACCGCCGCCUGGCCCGUGGGGCCGACGAGGACGAGCAGCAGUCCACCUUCAGCCAAUCGUUUGAGAACGACUCGGUGACGUCGCCGCAGGCCACCGAGUUCGACAACGCAACGAAAGCUUCAGCAGGAGACGACAGCGGCGACCACGGUGACACAAAUCUCCAUGGAAACGCCUCCAGCUCCGACCUCGACGGCCCGGGACUCUUCAACCCCUUCUACCCGCUGGCGGAGAGCUCAUACGCGGCCUACGCCGUGCUGUUCCUGGCCGGCCUGGUGCUGGCGGUGGGCGUGGUGGGAAACAUGGCCGUCAUGUGUAUCGUGUGGAACAACUAUUACAUGAGGUCCGCCUGGAACUACCUGCUGGCCAGCAUGGCAUUCUGGGACUUCCUGGUUCUGGUGCUGUGUCUUCCUGUGGUGGUCCUCAACCAGCUCUCCCAUAGGAGGAUCCUGGGUGACAUCACCUGCCGCAUGGUGCCUUAUAUGGAGGCCGUGUCUCUGGGCAUCACCUCCUUCACUCUCUGCGCUCUGGGCAUCGAUCGUUUCCACGCCGCCACCUCCUCGUCCCAGCCGAAGGCCCGGCGGGUGGAGCGCUGCCGCUCGGUGCUGCUGAAGCUGCUGCUGGUGUGGCUCGCCGCUCUGCUGCUGUCCAGCCCCGAGAUCUUCCUGUGGCAGCUGAGCCAGGCCGUGUCCCCGUCCACCGGCCGCCUGGUGGACUCCUGCACCAUCACCCCCUCCUCCCCUCUGUCCCUCUACCUGCCCGACUCCCUCCACUCUCUGCUGCUCAGGUAUCACCAGGGUCGUAUGUGGUGGUGUUUCGGCUGCUACUUCUGCCUCCCCGUCCUCUUCACCGUCCUCUGUCAGAUGGCCACCCGCAAUGUCAACAGCGACUCCACCUCCGCCCAAAAGCAGCGUAACCAGGACGACCGGUCCUCCAAUCAGAAGCGCCAGCAGCACCAGGCGGUGGAGCGGCAGCUGAACUGCACGCUGCUGGCGCUGGCUGUGGUUUACGGUAUCUGCGCUCUGCCCGAACACGUCUGCAACAUCACGCUGGCCUACACGCACAUCACCGUCUCCGAGGACACCGCCUCGAUGCUGGCACUGUUACAUCACUUCCUGUUGUUCUUCAAGUCAUCGGUGACGCCGGUGCUGCUGCUGUGUCUGUGCAAGGCUCUCGGUCAGGCCUUCAUGGACUGCUGCUGCUGCUGCUGUCAGGAGUGUCAGCCCACCGCAGCUCAGGGCUCGCCAAGCUCCGCCAAACUGAAGGCGGCCAAUGAGACGUCCAUCUUCUUCGACAAGGCUAAAGAGACGUCGGCCAUCUUGUCCAUCUCCAGCUAGAGCCAUAGGUCCCUCUUUAACCAUCAGUCCAUCACUCCCUCCUUCAUAAAUCAAUCUGUCUCUUCUUUUACCCUCCAACGCAGUUUCUCCUCCUUCCUUAGUGUUUGUUAACGCAUCAUUUUCUCCUUCUACAUAUUCUGUCCUUCCAUAUUUCUCUCUCUUUUCCAGAACACUUGUGAAUCAACUGUCUUCUUUCUUUCCGUCCUCUCGUCUUCCCUCCAGUACCAUUUGUAUGAUAUUCCACUAUGGACACGAGUUUCCCCUCCGGCUUCGUCUCUGUGCAGGAAGUGAAGUUUAAUCUGUAGUGAGAUUAGAAAUGUUGCUGUACUUGCACAACCAGCUGUGAUAAAAGCAGGAGCCUGUUUCAGGACUCUCCGAACGGACUCUUCCCUCCAACUUCCUGCUGUAAUAAUGCACGAUGUUUGACGACGGUGGAAACACAACACGGAUGUCUUCUUUAGUUGGUCUGAAGCUCAAGUUUUCAUGUGUUUCAUGGGAAAGUAGCAGAUAAUUAAAACCUAAAUCAGGGCAGCAGUUUAGACCUCUGACAGGAGAUGAUGGGGAACAAGACGAAGCUGCUUCAAAGAAACAACGGUGAGAUUUUUAGAUAAAUAUACAAAACAUGAUGACAGAAAUAAUCCAGCUGUUAAACUUCAACUGGCCGACUGUCGGGCCGAUAUUCAGCAUUUUACUGAUUAACAGUAUCACUGACUUUUCUGUCAGAUUGCCAGUAAAUGUAGUGAAGUAUAAAAUAGCAGUAAACUGAAAUGCUCAAGUAAAAUACAUGAAAAGUGCACUUAAGAACAGAACUUUAGUAAACGGUUCUUACGUUUACUUCAUCGCUGUUUCAGACUUUCACUUUUACUGCAAACUAAUAUCGGCCCCAAAUAAAAACUUCUUUUAACACCAACAGUUUCCCGAACGUGCUCCACGAAAAACACAUUUUCCACCAACUCUGGAGAAUGAAUGUUUGGAAAACAAUCAACCAAUCACAGCGAGCGGACCGUGUUUCAGACCGAGCAGCUUCGUUCAUGUUUCUGAGGAAGACAGUGGUGAAGCGGGGACGGAGGAGAUCUAUUGAACAGGACUCGGCCUCCUCAGCACUGAGACGGUCUCUUUGUACAGGAAGUUAAACUGUGUAGGUUUUUUGAAGUAUUAAUAUUUGUUUAGCAGCGUUUUCACUCUGUCAGACUCAAACAACUAGAACAAAUGAAGAACAAGAACAAAUGAAUGUAGAUUAUUUUAGUUCUAGAUGAACGACUAACUACAUCUUUUUAUGUCGGGAACAGAUAGUCGUGUUUUUUUAUGUCACAGGAAUGUCCAUGCCUUUGUAAUGUUUCAGUAUCACAGUGGUAAAUUCAUGGUAUUAAAACAUGUCAGAGCCGAUUGUGCCUUAGUGUCUCCUCAGCAUCCGAGUCAACAGCCGCUAGAGCGACUAACAACACUAACCCGACAGGAAACUGCAUCUGUCGUUUCGUGCAGCUUCAGGUUUUCACCCAAAAAUUAAAGGUGUUCAGCACAUUUACAAACAUCUUUAACACUGAAUCAGCACUUUUUAUUUGAAAUUACACCUGCAGACGGAACCUGGGAAAAUAAUUCAGUAUGACAUCUGAACUGUGUCGGUUCGUUUGUGCGACUGCUCGUGUUUUUCCUCUUUGCUAAUGUAAAAUAGAGAAAAAGAAACCAGAUGUUUGGUGUCUGCUGGUUUUAUUCAUCAGAGAUAACAUCUGGCAGCAAACUACUGCAGAAUCCUUCAUGUGACCGCUUGUUAACUGUUAGCUCGCGGCCGUGGAGGCAACAGCAACUCUACAAGGACAUUCAAACAACUGUUGUGAUGAAAGUGAACCAGGUGGAGUUGGAGGAGAUAGUUUGUCAUUUAUCCAACGCUACACAAAUAUUUGCAACAUUUAGCCUGGAAGCUAAUAUCUUCAACAGUAUCAAUAACAGUAUGAGCUCUAAAGCCUCGUGUCCACGACUUCUUUUUAAAAAAAGUAAAGUGCUGGCUGUGCUCAGGAGCUCUGAGAUGAAGCGUCUCUAUGACAACAAUAUGUUGACAGUCGUCGCUCUGUGAUGGACUCUGAUCCUCUGACCCAGAGAUUCUACCAGAUACGUGUCCGCUGCGUUACAGCUCUGACCCAGGUUUGCUCCGCCAUCCACCGUCCGCCAACCGGUUGUGUUUUGAGUCCACCACAGCUCAGUACGGUCGACAACUGGUGUCACGAGACCAAGGAGUUCCCGCAAUAAUCAUAUAAUCACUCUGUGCUUGACUUCCAGUCUGCUUGGUGCUAAAUUCAGCUGAAUUGCUGCGUCGCGCUCCAGCAUCCAUCAGAAAUAGAAGUCCAGCGUAUCUGUUCUGGAGGGCUUCGGCCAGACACGCAGCAGACCUGCUGGAAGUUCACACAGAGACUACAGUGAAUCCAUCAGCUCUGCUGGCGUGGUGGAGACGGAACGCAGCGUCUAUCUGGUGGAGUCACAGGUUGAGGUUCACGGUCUGGUUGUUUUUAAUGUGACAUCAGGACAUCAGAGCGAGCAGGAUGUGGGCGAUGACAUCAUCCACAGGAGACAAAAGUACGGUGAAUGUUCUGGUCCAGGUCAGGAGAAAGCAUCUCUCUGAAACACUCAGAGCAGCAACGACGACGACACAGACGUCACGUUGGGAUGCAGGUUUAUUCUCUCAGACGAAGCCGAUGCUGUUCGGUCUGACACAAGAAACGAGACACACUAACAGUCCGUCUGUCGUCCUGUUUGAACUGUACAUGUGAACAAAGUUGACAUUUAGUGUCUGUCAUAACUGUUUAAUAAAGGGACAGUCCACACAAAACAAACCAA